CCACCUCCCGCCCUCCAUAUAGUCCAAUGACAGGCGCAUGGGAGUGUGCAGCGUGGCGGUGCGCUGUGUCCAUCAGUGCCAUGUGUCAGUGCUCAUCAGUACCACCUGCCAGUGCCCAUCAGUGCCACAUCAAAGCCACAUAUCAGUGCCUACCAGUGCACAUCAAUACCACAUAUCAGUGCCCAUCUGAGCUGCCUUUCAGUGUCACCCAUCUGUGCCAGUCAGUGCCACCUAUCAAUGCCAACCAGUGCCACCUAUCAGUGCCAGUCAGUGCCGCCUAUCAGUGCCCGUCAGUGCCUCCUAUCAGUGCCCGUCAGUGCCGCCUAUCAGUGCCGCCUAUCAGUGCCAUAUAUCAG